AUAAUAUUGUACAUACCAUUCGUUACUGUCAAGCUGUGUUUACUAAGGCAACUCACAGUUGCGCGAUGUGGUGUGCAUUACAAAUUGUCUUGUAUGUUAUUUGUUGAACUUCGCUAUUUCUGCAACUAUAACAAAUAUAGUACUCGCUCAAAUUGUGGUGCUGCUGAUGUAAUGAAAAUGAUCAACAACGACAUGUUCUUGUAGCAUGCAUAACUUCGUAACUGUAAUAACGAGAACGAUUCUCGCAGUAGGAGAUUAUUUCUUCCCUAACAACAAAAAUAUUUCUGAAGUUUUAAAUGGUUGAGUAUUUAAAACGUGUUGCCAAUCCUUGCAUCACUUCGAAAUCUUAUUAAGAUGUGACAGAACAUGGGAAUAUUUUUCAGAUAGUAGACCUAUUUCAUAAUUAUUUACUCACCCAUGGAUUAUUUCGUACAAUAGUAUAGAACCUGUCAAAAAUAUAACUUAAAUAAUAUACUCUACAUAAGGUAUUAACAAAAUACGAUACAGCAUAAAGUCGGCCAGGGCCUGAUCAAAGGAACCAUCCCAGCAUUCACGUUAGCAACAGUGGGAAAGAUGGAAAACACAAAUCAGUAUGGCCCGAUGAGAAAUAAAUCCCAAUGUUUUGAAUGUCAGUCCGGUACAAUAAGGGGAACCAUAAAAUACAUCGCGUAUAUUGUGACUGCAACAGCCACAAAAAGUGAAUCAAUGAACACGAAAUGUUGAAAAUAAAAACACCGUCGAAAAAGUGAAAAAAUAAAUGACCAAAUUACAUGAAAAAAUGCAAAAAACACAAUAUGUCAUUCAAUGAUCCGGAAGCAGUCGCCGCUGACGGGUGGCGACGUACCACUGCAGCUGCAGAGACGGAGCAGAGGUUCGCACCGGCCACGUGGCACGGCGAGGCUGCGGAUCGACUGCAUCACCGGAGGCUGCCACGGCGAGUCGGAGAGAGACCGCCGGUCCGACACGCGUCGCCGUGCCGGAGCUCACGUUUGACAGAAGGACAGCUCUGAGAAUGGUUGCAGGAGAUGGACAGGGGAAGAAUAUUGAUGAUCUCCCAGAUGAAAUAAUACUAAAUGUAUUUUCAUUCUUCAGUUUUAAUGAGCUUAUAGACACUGCGCAAAAUGUGUGUGUGCGAUGGAAGAGAUUGGCACACGACCCGGUGCUCUGGCGUGACAAAGAGUAUAUCAUCAGAGGAAGGGCACAGAACGGGAGGAGCUGCUGCGGUGUCACCUGCUCCGAGUGCGCCCACUGCAGGUGUGAGAAGACGGACAGAGAGGUCUUACGGACAGCCGGUUCGAUGCCACAACUGCGGACACUCACGAUGAUGCGCGGUACCAGAGCUCGCAUCUUACGUAAGAUCUGCAGGAACUGUCCGAAUCUCACAACUUUGCAGCUUCAUGGCUGUCAGAAGAUGAACUACUCGCUCCUGAAGUACAUUUUUGAGAAGUGUCCGAAGAUAGAGAAGCUGAUAAUCGCCAACAACUUACUGGCCGACCGACGGUACGCGGAAUUGGUGUCGCGCCUGGAACACUUGCAGAGCCUGGAAGUGUUCGAGAAUCGGAGAGGUGCAGGGCCCGUGCUGCUGCGCUUCCUGGCAGACGCCUGCCCGAAGCUGCGGGAGAUAAACCUCAGCUGGGACUACCACCCACUGGAGGACGUCGAGUACUUUGUGAAGGCCAAGAGGGACACGCUCACUUCUGCCACUGUGCGCUGGACCAUGGCGGGGAAGAGGUGUGUGGUUACCGUGCUGAAAGAGGCUGCCAGCUCUCUUGAGAAACUGCAGUUGCACCUCUUUGACGUGGCACCCGAGGAGGAGGCCGCGACGUUUGCGGAUCUCGGAGAGCUGCACAACCUGCGUGAACUACACUGCAACCAGCUCUGCCCACACCGGCCUCGCCUCAUCUCUCUCGCCUUCCAGCCCGGACGGCUGCCGCUGCUGCAGAGGCUGCACCUGCCGCACGCCACCGGCCUCCCGGAUGACGCCGUGGCCACCAUCUGUCGGGGAUGCCCGGCACUGCGCGAACUCAGGCUCAUUUUUGCGACGAGUCUCACGGACGGAGCACUUGCCGAGAUCCACCGUCUCAAGCACUUACAGAUACUGGAUCUUUCCGGAUGCUCGGGGCUGGGCGGAUGUGCCAUGGCCCACGUGGCGCAGCUGCCGGCCCUGCGCACACUGCUCCUCCAGUACAUUGACGACCUGACAGAGCUGCAGCCGAGCCUACGGCACGUCCUGGACUUGGAGCAGCUACGCUGCCUCAAUAUCUUGAACAGCGGCCACAUCAGAGCUGUGCCAUUUGAAGAAUUUGCUGUCAGGCUCGUGAAUCUCAGGGAACUACACGUGACGUACGAGGAAGAGGAUGAGGUUUUUUACAAAAAUGUUUUUGCUGAAAUGCAGAGUCAAAUGCCUCGGCUCAGGAUCAUUAAUACUUUCCGAUGGACAGAGGACGACUUCCUAACAGAUUACGAAACAGAUGAUGACGGCGAUGAUGGUGACGACGACAUAGGGUACUGAGGAACAAUUUUGGUUUUCUGACUGCAGAAUGUAACAUUGGAGUCCCUGGAUGAGUGAACUGUUUGAAAAACCAGUAAAAGACAAAAUAUGGAUGUAUGAAAUUAUUGUAUAAGUGCCAAGAAAGUGUUGGCCGAAAUAAAAAUGCAAUUUUUCGUGUUUACAAAA